UCACCUUCUUCGUUCCAAAACCCUGAGUAAACCUUCCGCGUCGCUGCAUCCAACUCUCACAACUGAACAAACCAUGGAACCUCCAACGAAGAAGAACAAAAAGAAGAAAACUUCAAAGCAAUACGGCGUCGCCGAACUCAAAACCCUAGGUGAGAAACUUCUCUCAUCAGCCUCAAACAUCAACAACCUCCCUCUUCUUCUCACCUUCGUCUCACCUUCUUCUCCACCUCAACAUGUCCUCGAAUCGCUUCUCUCACUUCACUCCUUCUUCCUCCCUCUCCUCCCUCAACUACCUUCCUCCUCCGCCACUGCCAACGUAUCCUCCUCCGACAACGCCGACGCCGACCAGUCCAAGUUCAUUUACCUCACCUGGCUCCGUUCUAAGUUCGAUGAAUUUCUUAAAUCUCUUAUAGAUGUUCUUGUUUCCGAUCAAUCGGAUGAAACUCUGAAGGAAGCUGUGUUGGAUACGUUGAUGGAGUUUGUGAAGGUUGCUAAUGGCGGCACCUUUCAUUCUUCGUUAUAUCACAGAAUCAUCAGUAGUAUUAUUCACUCUACUGGUUCUGCUGAAUUUUUGAUUGAUUUACUAACAUCCAAGUAUUUCAAGUAUAUUGAUGUCAGUUAUUUUACAUUCAUAAGUCUAGAAAAGCUUGCUAGAAAUUUGGAGGGAAAAGAUGUUUCAGAUGAUAAAACUGCAAGUGUAGACGGCAGUGAUGAAAGUCAAUUGAGCUCAAAUAUUGAGGGUGUCAUCCACAAUAUGCACUACACCAUUUCACAUGUCCCCUUUCUUGAAAAAUCCGAUGAUACAUCAGGUUUCGAAAUGUGGAGUGUAUCAGAAAGUGAUCAUAAAGUGCUUUCUGGAGAUUUGGAUGAUAAGCAGCUUAAGUCCAAGAAGCAUAAAAGUAAUGUACUGUCUGCAGCCAGAAUCGCCAAAAAGAUGAAGUUAAAAUUUACUAAAGCUUGGAUUGCGUAUCUUAGAUUGCCACUUCCACUUGAUGUGUACAAAGAGGUUCUUGUUAAUCUUCACCAAACAGUGAUUCCUCAUCUAUCUAAUCCCAUCAUGUUAUGUGAUUUCUUGACAAGGUCAUAUGAUGUUGGUGGUGUAGUCAGUGUGAUGGCUCUUAGUAGCCUUUUUGUCCUAAUGACCCAGUAUGGAUUGGAAUACCCAAAUUUUUAUGUAAAACUAUAUGCAUUAUUAGUUCCAUCUAUCUUCAUGGCAAAACAUCGUGCAAGGUUUUUCCAGCUUCUUGAUACUUGCCUUAAGUCACAACUUCUUCCAGCUUACUUGACUGCCUCCUUUGCGAAGAAACUGGGUAGGUUGUUGCUUUCAGUUCCACCUUCUGGUGCAUUGGUUAUUACAGCCCUGGUUCACAAUAUUUUGCGUAGACAUCCUUCGAUCAACUGUUUGGUGCACCGGGAAGAUGUUGAUGAAGAGAGUGAUCAAAGAAUAGAUGAAGUGACUGGUGCAAUACCCCACCAGAAAUCGGGCAUUGACCAUUUUAAUAUUGAGGAAACUGAUCCUAUGAAGUCAGACGCCAUGAGAAGUUCUCUUUGGGAAAUUGACACUGUUCGUAACCACUACUGUCCUCCUGUCUCACGGUUCGCGUUGUCCCUUGGGACUGAUUUGACAGUCAGGGCCAAAACAACUGAAGUUAAUGUUGGUGAUUUUAGUGCUGGCUCGUAUGCAACAAUACUUGGAGCGGAGAUUACACGGAGGGUGAAGCAGGUUCCUCUAGCAUUCUACAAAACAACUCCUUCAUCCCUCUUUUCAGAGAAUGAUUUUACUGGUUGGGCUUUCCAAAGUGAAGAAACGUCCCAAAUGAUCGACAACAAUAACGAGAAUGCUGCUAAAGAUUUAUUGGACCCAGAACACUGUUCUGCCAAAAGACAACGAAUUGAGUGUCAGUGAAUCUGAUUCAUUUUUGAACACAAUUCACAUCUUAAAUUAGAAUGUUUGCUUUGCUGUAAAGAUAUGUUAUUUUUAAUUUAAAAUGUUCUGUUGGAAAAAGGAAGAAAGGCUUCUGUUGAAGGAUUUUUCAGAGAAAAGAAGAAAAACAUCUAAGGGUAGGCAGUUUUUAUAUUGGAACAUAUUCCACUAUUUAUA